GGGGCGGGAGGCGGCGGGGCCGGGGAGCGCGCCGCCAUGGACGACAAGACGUUCACCAAGGAGCUGGACCAGUGGGUCGAGCAGCUGAACGAGUGUAAGCAGCUGAACGAGAACCAAGUGCGGACGCUGUGCGAGAAGGCUAAGGAAAUUUUAACAAAAGAAUCAAAUGUGCAAGAAGUUCGUUGUCCUGUUACUGUCUGUGGAGAUGUGCAUGGCCAAUUCCAUGACCUUAUGGAACUCUUUAGAAUCGGUGGAAAAUCACCAGACACAAACUACCUAUUCAUGGGUGAUUAUGUAGACAGAGGUUAUUACUCUGUGGAGACUGUGACUCUUCUUGUAGCAUUAAAGGUUCGAUAUCCUGAACGCAUUACAAUAUUGAGAGGAAAUCAUGAAAGCCGACAAAUUACCCAAGUUUAUGGCUUUUAUGAUGAAUGUCUACGGAAGUAUGGAAAUGCCAAUGUUUGGAAAUACUUUACAGAUCUAUUUGAUUAUCUUCCACUUACAGCUUUAGUAGAUGGACAAAUAUUCUGCCUCCAUGGUGGCCUCUCUCCAUCCAUAGAUACACUGGAUCAUAUAAGAGCUCUGGAUCGUUUACAAGAAGUUCCACAUGAGGGCCCAAUGUGUGAUCUGUUAUGGUCAGAUCCAGAUGAUCGUGGUGGAUGGGGUAUUUCACCACGAGGUGCUGGCUAUACAUUUGGACAAGACAUUUCUGAAACGUUUAACCAUGCCAACGGUCUCACACUGGUUUCUCGUGCUCAUCAGCUUGUAAUGGAGGGAUACAAUUGGUGCCAUGAUCGGAAUGUGGUUACUAUUUUUAGUGCACCCAAUUACUGUUACCGUUGUGGGAACCAGGCUGCUAUCAUGGAACUAGAUGACACUUUAAAAUAUUCCUUUCUUCAGUUUGACCCAGCGCCUCGUCGUGGAGAGCCUCAUGUUACCAGGCGCACCCCAGACUACUUCCUGUAAAUUCCUUCUGAGAAAACCUUUCUUUGUAUGUGGAAGUAUACCUGGAUUUUCAGUGAGUGAGUGAGUAUGUGUGGGUGUGUGUGGGUGUGUGUGGGUGUGGGUGUGUGUGUGAGAGAGAGAGAGAGAGAGUUUAAUACCAAACAAAAAGACAACAGUAAUCUUUGUGUUUCUGUAACAAAUUGUGAUCUGUCUCGGCAUUAAACCACAUCAUGGACCAAAAUGUGCCAUACUAAUGAUGAGCAUUUAGCACAAUUUGAGACUGAAAUUUAGUACACUACAUUGUAGAUGGGUCAGUCUAACAGUUUGCCUGCUGUAUUUGUAGUAACUAUUUUUCUCUGGACUGUUCAUACAGAAAAGGUAACUAACUGCUUAAUCUCCUUUUGCGCUUAUUUGUAAAUUUUAGUUAUAGUGUUUAACUGGCAUGGAUUAAUAGAGUUGGAGUUUUAUUUUUAAGCAGAAAUGACAAGCUGACUUCCACUUAAUCCAUUAACCUUAUUUUGUUGAAAUGUAUAAUUAACUAAAGAAGAGAUUCUUCUUGGGAGUAUGUUGUCAUAACAUGAAAAAGAUUUCCCUCCAUUUAAACUAAAUUACUGUUUUAUGUUGAUCUACAUAUUUCUGUAUAUUUGUCAUGACAGUGCUUGCAUCCUAUUUGAUGAACUGAGCAAAUAAACUUGCCAUUUAAACAAAAA